UAGAAUUAUGAAAAGAAGAGGGAAUUAACAAGAAUACCUUUACUAUUUCAUCCACAAUGAACAUAGUGGGUGGUUAUCUGUUCACCCACUUCGGUAUGCGGGUCAACAUUUGUACUCCUUCCCUCACAGUUCCUCUUCUCUCUCCGUUCUCUCUGAGAAGCAAUUUUCAGGAACUCGUCUCCUUCAUCAUUAUCAUCCAUGGAGCCAGAAUCUGAAAAUCCUAACACCGACGUAGACACCACCACCUGCACCAUUAAUACCGAUAACAUCACCGACAAUGAAAGCCUCGAAGACAACAAGAAUAACAACGGUACAGUCCCUGAAUCAGUAUCUUCGGACUCAAGUGGUGAAGAAUCUCCUUCCAAUGUUGUUGUUCAACCUUCUGAAGAUCCUAUUGCAGAGGAUCCGACUCCAAUAAUUACGGACGGUGCUGUCCAAGUUGGCCCUAAAUUGGCUUCGAAUGAUAAUGGAAAAAGUACUGAAGUUGAUCAAAUCUAUCGAGUAUACGAUGAGUUAAUAGAACCAGAAGUUGGAAUGAUUUUCGACACUGCAGAGGAGGCAUUUGAUUUUUACAAUGAAUAUGCUAGAAAGAUUGGUUUCCGAGUUAGGAUACAAAGAACAAACAUGAAUAAAGCUCAACGUAAUAGAAUUCACCGCCAAGUACUAGUUUGUUCAUGUGAAGGCACCUACAAAAUGAUCAGGAAACCUAGAAAAAGAAGAGAAACUAAACGGUUUGGAUGUCUAGCUGCAUUUGAGAUUAAACUUAUUACUGGUGAUAAGUAUGCAUUAAUAAGGUUCAGUUCGGAGCACACACACGAGCUUGUCCCACCAAAGUUUUCCCAUUACUUGAAAACCCCCAGGAAACUCGGCUUCGCCCAGAUAGGAAUGACUGACAAAACACAGCCUCCUGGGACAAGACCACUUGAACUUACCCUUCCUGAAGCAGCCGGUGUAUCUGACCAGAAUAGUUUAGAACAGAAAACACCAGCUGGGUUUUCCAUUAAGGGUGAUGCAGAAUCUCUCCUUGGUUAUCUCAAGCAAAAGAAGCAGGAAAACAAGCAUUUUUUCUACUCUUUUCGAAUUAAUGAAGAUGGUAAGAUAUGUGGUGUUUUCUUUUGUGAUGCAAAAUCAAGAAGAGACUACGGGUUAUUCGGCGAUUCAGUGUGUUUUGAUACGACGUUCAAGACAAACAACUUCGAUAUGGUAUGUGUGCCAGUUGUUGGCCUCAGCAAUCAUGGACUACCCAUACUGUUUGGCUGUGGUUUGUUAGAUGGUGAAUCAACGGAUGCUGUGGCAUGGUUGUUUAUGACUUUUUUGGAGGCUAUGGGUGGGAAGAAACCUGAAAGUGUGUUUACAGAUCAUUCUGCAGCUAUUUCAGAUGCUGUUGGUCUGGUAUUUCCAGAAUCUCAUCAUGGUUUGUGUUUAUGGCAUAUAUUUAUAAAUGCUUCGAAACAGUUGACUAAAGUAGUUAAGGCAUCUAAAACAUUCGCGCCGCAGUUCAAAGCUUGGAUAUAUGAGCAAGAGACAGUUGAAGAAUUUGAUCGUAGUUGGAACAAGUUGCUUGAAGAUUUUGAUCUUAGGGAUAAUGAAUGGUUGCAAGGACUGUAUGAGUUGCGAGAGAAGUGGGCGCAAGUUUAUAGUCUUGGUCAUUUUUCUGCUGCCAUGACCACAUCAGAGAGGUGUGAGAACAUCUGCAAGUUUCUGAAGGCCUUCUUUAGCAAUGGUAGUAUUCUUCUUCGUGAUUUUCUUGAUCAAUAUUCCAAAGCUAUGGCUGAUCGCUAUGAAAAAGAAAGGGAAGCUGAAAAAAAGACACAACUAACAACCCCUAAUUGGAUCUCUGGCUGGUCUGUAGAGCGCGAAGCAUCAAAAGUAUACACAAGAGAGAUAUUUUAUGGUUUUCAAGAUGCGCUUCAGAAGACCAUUGAUUUGUCGUUGGAAUUGGAAAAGGAUGAUGGAACAAUUCGUACAUACAGAGCUACUGAAUUGGAAGGUCAAAAAACAAUCCACUCACUUGUACAUAACAUCUCUGAACAAUCAGCUUCAUGUACUUGUCGAAAAUUUGAAUUUGAUGGAAUCCUCUGCCCUCAUGCGUUGAAGUUGUUUCGUGACUUACAAUAUAAGAGUCUACCUCCUCGAUACUAUUUGAAGAGAUGGACCCGAAAAGUUACAGAUGAAGAUGUUUUUGACCCUUCUGGGGAGUUAAUCCUAAGUAACAAUGAUCCAACCUCAACAGUUCGAAGUCGUUACGAUGACUUGACACAUAUUUCUCAAAGUAUCGUGGCCAAGGGUUUGAAGUCAGACGAAAUGUUCACUUUGAUCAAGUCAUUACUCCAAGAAGUGAAAUCCAAGGCAGAUGCACAUAUAACUUCCAAGGAUGAAAGAAGAGUUGCCAUUCAGAAGAUAAUGCCCAACCCUCAUCAGAAUCUGGUGUCGAAUUUGAAUGAGGAAGCGACACAGGAUGUCUUUGGGAUGAUGCAACAACAACAGCCAGACUAUAGCCAAAAUGGUUGGCAGUGGAUGAAUAGGCAAGCCAUUCAUGCGCACGGCAUUCAUCCCCAGGGUAUUCAUCCACAAGAUAUAAUUCCUGGAUAUAAUUUUGCUGGGUCUCAACAGCAAAGGCAAUUCCAUCCAAACGAAUUGUUCAUGUCUCAGCAGGGAUCUUCGUCGCAAAUCCCACCUCCGGAGAUGCCUCAUUAACAAUUAUGUUGAAGCAGUUUGAGGACAAAACCAUAAACUGGAAGACCUGAUCAUGGCUACUAAGGAUUAUGUUGAGUUCGAAUCAGUUUGGCAGGUUGCAAUAGUUCAACAUGUAGAUUAGAUUGGAGUGAUAGACUUUAAGAAGUUUGAUUGCGGAGUCAAUUUCUUACUUUAUUUAAAAACUUUCACGCAGUGUAAAAUGGAGCUUUUUGUUCUGAUACGAAAAGAAUUCAUUAAAUUAAGAAAUUACAUCAUCCAUGUCUUGUGAGAA